AUGAGCUCCGACGGGCGCCUCCGCCGCGCGCUGGCCGCGUUCGGCGGCGGCGGCGACGUGUGGAGCCUCGUGGACGCGGCACUCGCCGCCGCCGCGCGGGACAGCCCCGCCGAGCUGCGCGCGCGCCGCGACGGCAUCGUCCAGCGCCUCUACGCAGGGGCAGCCCGCUGCCGCAACUGCAACGCCGACGCAGACGCUCCCCCGCCGCCUGCUCAGCCGAAUGGUGCCGUCGCUGCUGCUGCUGCUCCUGCGGCGGCCGCGUCGUUGUCUCCGGCCUCGCCUGACGAGGAGGUCGACGCGGACGGCCUCGACGACGACGAUGCGGAUGCCGACGCCGGUGUGGAGAGCAAGAUCCUGGCGAUCAGGGAUUUCCUGGAGGACCCCGACCAGUCGGAGGACGAGAUGGUGAGCCUGCUGCAGAACCUAGCAGACAUGGACAUCACCUACAAGGCUCUCCAGGACACGGACAUCGGCCGCCAUGUGAAUGGCCUGCGUAAGCACCCAUCCAGUGAGGUCCGGCAACUGGUGAAGCUGCUCGUCAGGAAAUGGAAGGAGAUUGUGGAUGACUGGGUGAGGCUGCACAACUCAGGUGGUGAUGGUGGUGGCUCGAUCAUAAGCGAUGGUGACUCACCUGAUAAAGUCCAACCCAAGUACCAUCAAAAUACUCAUGCUUCAGACUUCAAGUAUUCUCCCAGCCCACAGAGGCAUAAUGUUUUGAGCUCAGAGAGGUCUGGCAAUCAUAAUUUGGUGGAAUCAACAAUGGAGAAGCGUAGAACGAGCCCUGCUCCUGCAUACCAUAACACUAAGCAGAACAACAGCAACAACUAUUCUACUGUUUCAUCAUCAGCACCAGCUAGAGUGAUGAGGGAGCAAAAGAACACUCUUUUGGAUGCUGAGAAGCUAGAUUCAGCGAGGAAGAGGCUUCAGGAAAACUACCAGGAAGCGCAAAAUGCGAAAAAGCAGAGGACAAUACAAGUGAUGGAUAUCCACGACAUACCUAAGCCGAAGAACAGGAACACCUUCAUACGCAAGAGUGGAGGUGGAUUCCCGGGAAAGCACCGGUGA